GCUCGGCGGGUUAUUCUUAUGGACAUGUGAACGAGGUUUUCUCAGCAUGUUUGAGUUGUGAUAAAGGCCUGUUGGUGGAAGUUGACUGCCCGUGCCAGUUAGCUAGUCAGAAGUAAAGCUUAAUUCACAGACUGGCAGGAGUGCAUCAGUAAUCAACUAUGGUUAACAUACAGUAUUCUGCGCUGCUUUCCAAGCUGAAAACCUUGAAGGAUGCUGGAAAAUACUGUGAUGUUGUUCUUUACAUGGGGGAUAAGACAGUCGAAGCACACAAGAUUGUUUUAGCUGCCUGGAGCCCUUACUUUGAAAAUAUGCUGACAGAUGGAGAAGUUGGCAAAGAGCAUCUUACAGUAUCGUGUGAAAAUCACGAGGAUGCUUUUAUCCAACUUGUGGAUUUCAUGUACUCUGGUCGUGCCACGGUCAGUGACAACAAUGCGGCACGUUUACUCAGUUUGGCUGAUCAGUUCCAGGUUGAGCCAUUGAUGCGCCAGUGUGAGGAAUUCCUGAAGAGCAACAUUCACAUAAAAAAUUUUGUAACAGUGUUUGGCUUGGCUCGAAGGUUUCGUCUGCAGUCUGUUCAGGACAACAUCGCUUCUUUCAUUCAGCAGAAUCUGUCUGAGGCAGCAAAGCAGCCAGAGUUCAACUCACUUGCACCGUCCUGGAUUUAUUCUUUUAUAUCAAUGGAUUCUAUGCUUGCACUCAAACCAGAAUACAAAGUGUUCUUGAUUGUAGGCUGGAUCAGUGCAGAUUUUGAAAACAGAGAAAAGUAUUUGGCUUUACUGUUUUCUAAAAUGAGCUGGACGGAUCUGUCUAGUGACUUUCUCUUGGAGAUCAGUAAAAGUGAAAACUUCUUCACGUCCAAUAUGAGUUGCUUAUUUCUGCUGCUAAACUCCAUUAGCAAAGCUGGACUUCCACUUGGUCCAUACACUGAAGGCUUUCAGCAUUUACGAGAGAAAAACAAAGAUGUGUGCAGUCGAACACAGGUGGAUAAAGUGGCUGAGUUAAUUGAUGAUGAGCCCAUUUCUGCAAUUCUUCUGUUGAAACAAAGUCAUGUUAAGGAUGUUAUGAAUCAAACUAGUGAUGGAGAUGGCCCUGGAAAAGAAUAUUGCCCUCAAGAGUCUCCGUUGGACAACCUGUCUGAGCACUCACCUGAGCAAGAUAGCCCUAUUAUUGAUGACACCUGGCAGCCUCCUCUGUCCCAGUCUUCAGUUGUCAAACCUGGUGCUGAUGGUAAACAGUGCAGGCGGUCUACUCGUCGCAAAGGUGUCCCUCUCAAAGUUGCUGAUGAUACACACUAUGAUAUCUCUCAGAAAAAUCAACCAUUGUCCUCACCAAAACAGAAACGAAAGUCGCUGGACAGUGAUGUAACAGACUCCUCUGUCAAGUUGAGGCGGAAAAGGGGGAGGCCACGGAAGGCCACUAAAGAGGCUGAUGUACCAGAAAAACUCUUGCCAAAAGUGGACAAGGUGGUGAGGCGAAGUGGACGCCCCAGAAAAGUCAAAAUUGGGGAAAACGGUGAAAGCAGAGAAAAGUGCACAUCCGGAAACUUUUUGAAGGAAGAUGUGCCAGAAAGUGUCACAGAAGAUAAACCAUUGUCCACUAGAGAGAGAAAUACGUGGCGUAAAUGUGACAUUGAAGGUUGUGAUUUCUCCACAAAAAUCAUUGAAGAAAUGGAAGAACACAUGGUGAAUAUUCAUGAAAAAGAACAGACACACUGUUGCAAUGUUUGUGACUUUAGGAGUAGCUACCAGCGGAUUUACUUGACCCACAUGAAGGUUCACUUUGAUGGGCCACCAUUCAGUUGUGAUUAUCCUCCAUGUGCCUACAAAACAGAAAGGAUCCAACCCUUGUUAACUCACAGAAUGAUUCACACUGACGAAAAGCCCUAUGAGUGUGAAGUUUGUCAGGCAAAGUUCAGAAGUACCAUUUACCUUCAAGUACAUGAACGAAGCCACACAGGUGAGCGUCCAUUUGAAUGUGACAUUUGCAAGAGGGCAUUCUCAACAAAAGGCACACUAGACAUGCACCUAAUCAGUCACACCAAUUCCCGACCAUUUCUUUGUGACACCUGUGGAUUUGCCACCAAGUACCAGUCUCAUCUGAUUGCUCAUAAGCGUAUUCACACAGGUGAGGUGUUUAGAUGUCGGUACCCUAAUUGCUCAUACUCCACCCCUAAAAGAAGUCUGAUCAAGGCUCACUUGCGGUCUCACCUAGGGAUACGUGGACACACCUGUACAACAUGUGGACGUGCCUUUGUAGAGAAGAGUCACUUGGUUAGGCAUGAAAAAAUUCACCUUGAAGACAAACCGUUUAAGUGCUCCCAGUGUGUUUAUUCUAGUACACGUAGGGACAAGUUAAAGGAGCAUGUGACUCGACACCAUAGUGGAGAGAGUCCAGCGAUGACCACGCCGUACAAACCCCACAAAAAUAGACGCCCUAAAGAGCCUCUACCUCCACCAACACUGACUGAUGGUGCCGUUCAGCUCUUGGAACAAAUGGUACAGAGUAGUGCUCCAGCCAAGUAUGGUGCCAAACCUGCUGAAGAUCUGGAUGAGACAGAGUUGGCCAACAACAUACAGCAACUGCAGCAGGAGCAACGCCGCUUUCUUGAGCAGCGGGACAAGGCGCAACAAGAACAAACACAAACUUGUGACAUUCUACCUCAGCAAGAGAGCUCUGCACAGCAGUCUCUUCUUCCAGGUUUCUCAGGUAAAGUGCAUCCACACCAGACAUUACACGAAGCUGCCUUUGUGCAGCAACACCAGUCUAUGGAGAGUUUAUCAGAAAGUUUAGUGAGGGUGGAAGGACAAGGGGGAGACUACUCCGGGCUGCAGACACCAGGAUUGACCCAGAGCUUGGAACAACUGCAGUCACCUCAUGUGUCUGUGAGCAUCCUGCGAGGAGAUGGGCACCUGUCCCAGGAUGCUGUAGCCUUCGUCCAGUCUGUGGCAGACUCAGUGGUGCUAGAUGCUCAGCCACCAAUCAUGUCCCAUAAUGCACAGACAACCACCAUGAACAAUGUGACUAUUACCACCCUGGAGUUCAUUAAAUAGAUUUUACUGUAAUCUUGACGUUGAUGGUUAAUUUGUGUGUCUAUUGGCCGAUCCAAAACUGCUAUGAGCUUUUGAUCUGGUGUCAUUGGGGACACUCUUGAUCUCAGAGAAAACUGUAAAGACAGUGAAGCAUGGUAAUUAUUGAACAAGUGGCUAUUGAGGUAUUACGGCAUUCUGUGUUGCCUACUUUAAGAUUGUUAUGAUUUGGAAUAAGAGUUGAUCAUGUGUCAUAAUGUUAAGUUCUUCAUGACUUAAGGCGUUCUUGUUGAAAUAAAAGAUAUCAAAUUC